AUGGAGAAGCAACGUGAGGAACGCUGCAGCUUGGAUUAUUAUCCCUUCCGAGAGGAGAACAAACGGCGUCGAAGCGAGGCUUUCGAUGAUCAAAAGGGCAAAGCCAAUUAG